UUUUCCGGUCAUAAGAUGUUCGUUAUUAACAUAAAAUAAACAUAAACGGCAUCACAGGCAUUGAAAGCAGAAAUUGAGAAUUAGUUAAGCCAUUUACUAAUUCAUCAAAUGGAUCGAGACAGAGCGAAAUCUACCAUGGCUACAACAGCUGCCAUGGGAUGCCUGAAGACUCUUUUGAUGAUUUUCAACUUUAUAUUUUGGGUGACUGGAAUUGCCAUCCUGGCUCUGGGAAUAUGGACCAAAGUUGACCUGUACAAGUACAUGGAAUUUUCUACCAUCUACUACAAGGAUUCUCCCUGGAUUCUGAUUGCUGUGGGUGCUUUAAUAGUGAUUGUGGGUUCCUUCGGAUGCUGCUGUACAGCCAAAGGAAAUGCUGUGUUGUUAUAUAUGUAUGGCUUUUUCCUCGUGCUGGUGUUUGCUGUAGAACUUGGAGCAGGUGCAGCAGGAUUUUUCUACAAAGGAAAGCUGGAACAAGGAUUUAAAGAGGGACUGGAUAAUGCACUUAAACAGUAUGGCAAUAGUAGCAAAGCAAUGGAUGAGUUGCAGUCCCAGCUGCACUGCUGUGGGAGUGAGAGUUACCAGGACUGGUUCAUCACCCCGUGGGAGAAGACAGUCAACUCCAGUAGAGCCGUGCCCCACUCCUGCUGUAAAGACGCUGUGUGUAACAAUCUGGAUGUCAGUGUAAACGCCACAGAUAUCUACACAGUGGGAUGCUACAACACGGUCGUGGACUUCAUGAAAUCAAAUAUGGCAGUCAUAGCUGGGGUGGCGUUCGGUAUUUCUUUCUUCCAGCUACUUGGGGCAUUACUAGCAUGCUGUUUGGCAAAGCGGGUCAGAAAAUCCAAAUAUGAACAAAUGGCUUAGUGGAUUUUCAUAGUCCGCUGUCAUCAAGGAACUGAGUGAAGAUCAAUUUAUUAUCUUAUUUCAUGAAUGAACAUCUAGUGCUUAAGUUUGUUUUCAAGCUAAAGAAGGUGUAAGAUUUGUUUAUUAUAGUAACAGUAAAUAUUUGAUUAUGGUAAAAUACCGGUAAUUUUUUUGAUAUAUGUAUUAAAUGCAUUCCUUAUUGUAUCAGAAUUUUAUUGAUGUUAAAUUUCUUUUAGACUGUAUAUCUUUACAUGUGCACCUGUUCUGUGUAACACAGUAUUUUUCAAGCUUGUGUGUUUUGCUGCACCCCCAUUUUACAUUAAUAUUCAAUGUACAAACACGUUACAUUUUUAAAAGACCUGAUCAAAGCAUGCAGUUGACAGCUACCAUGUUUUGGGCAUUAUUGACUCAUCUAUAGGGAGAAGGGGUGUCUUUGGGACUGAUAAAUAAAUCAGUGUUAAUAUUAAUUGGAACGACUCCAAAUAUAGUUCUCCUUAUAAUAUUUUUACAGAUUUGUAUAUCAAGUGAGGAAAUAUCAUUCUAUUUGACAUAUUUAUCUCUACAAAUCCCUCCAGAUUUAUUUAUUUUAUUAUUACGCAAUAUUCAUGCACAUUGAUCCUUUUGUCAUAUGGCAACAUGUGACAAACUUUACUUAUAGGGUAUUAUUAAAGAAAUACUAAUGUUUAAAGUGGUGAUUUUAUGUUUUAUGAUAGUUAUAUAUUUUUAUCAAAUUUAUUUUUAAGCUUAACAUAAGCAAUUUUUUUUGUUCCUUAAUGCCAGUAUGUACAUAUUUCUUAUCAAGGGCAUACAGGAGUUUCAUCCAAUGAUAACUCUGUAACAUUAAUAACAAUAUUUAUUAAACAAAUUCUGUGUUUAUGGAUUUCAUAGAAAAAUUUUAGUUCAGGGUCGCAUUUGAAGGUCAUCUGGCCACCUCAACAUAAAUAGAAAUUCCAUUGUUUGUAAUAUUGAAGGAAGAUGAAGAUCAUGAUGGUUACAGCUGGAAACAAGGACAAAAUGAAUUUUAAUUUCAUGUUUAAAAUAAUUUUUCAAUUUUAUUUAGUUAUACAUGUAUUAUUAUACAUAUUGUUAAUCAUGCAUGUAUAGAACAUUUAUAAUCUCCGUUUAAUUAUCAUUAUGGCAUAGGGUUUACUAUUUUAUGUAUACAUGUAUCUCAGUAUUUAUCUACAGUUAAUCUCUAGUCCUUGUAAUCCCCACCGUACUGAAGUAUUGACAUUUUUAAAUAUUUUCUAAAGUUUUGCUCAAGUAUGACAUAAAAGAAAGUGCAUUUUUUUCUUAUUAUAGUGCUGUAUUUUGUUUUUAUUCUUUUAUUUUAGAAAAAGAAGAUCUGAUAACUAAAAAUAGUUUUAGUGUUAUAGUAAUUGAGUAAGUAUUCUGUAGGAAGUACCAAGUACUGUUUAUUAUCGCUUUUCAAAUUUUAUAAUGUUAAGCUCUUGCUUUGUUAUUUGUGAUUAUACAUUGUUGUUACAGUGUUACGCAAUGUCUUCUUGUUAUUCUGCAAAUAAAUAUAAUCUCUUUCA